AUGGUUCCCUUCGGCUUCGGCGCCGUUUUUAUUCUCCGGUUCUUCCAAGGAGUCGCUGUCGCCACUUCGUGGCCUGCACUGGGUGCUAUUAUCGCCGAAUCGGCAAGUCUCCGAAAGUCUGGCACUUCUGUGGCUUGGACUUCAGCCCAUCUUCAACUGGCCCAGAUAUUCACGAUGCCCGUGGCCGGAGAGUUAUGCGAAAUUGAAUGGAGUUGGCCGGCGUUGUAUGUAUAA